GUAUGAUAUUAUGAAUCUUCAAAUGACAGAGAAUGGUAUGUAUGAUUAUGUUAACAUUGGGACGUGGUAUGAAGGGUUGCUGGACAUUGACGAUAACAAGCUUCAGACGAACAUGACCAAGAUGGUGCGCUCUGUCUGUAGCGAGCCGUGUACAAAAGGUCAGAUCAAGGUUAUUCGGAAGGGAGAGGUGAGCUGCUGCUGGAUUUGCACAAGUUGCAAAGAGAAUGAGUACAUGCAGGAUGAGUUCACGUGCAGGGCCUGUGAGCUGGGCUGGUGGCCAAAUGCUGACCUCACAGGUUGUAAGAGGAUUGAUGUGAAGCACUUAAGCUGGAGUGACAUAGAGUCUGCUAUCGCCGUUGUCUUCUCCUGUUUAGGGAUCCUAGCCACCAUGUUUGUUACCCUUAUCUUCGUGUUAUACAGGGACACGCCGGUGGUCAAGUCUUCGAGCCGUGAGCUCUGCUACAUCAUCCUGGCUGGUAUCUUCCUGGGCUACAUCUGUCCAUUCACGUUGUUGGCCAAGCCAACCUUGGCCUCCUGCUACUUUCAGAGGAUCCUGGUUGGGCUUGCUGCUGCCAUGUGUUACUCUGCCUUGGUGACUAAAACCAACCGUAUUGCCAGGAUCCUGGCUGGUAGCAAAAAGAAGAUCUGCACUCGCAAGCCAAGGUUCAUGAGUGCAUGGGCUCAGUUGGUGAUCGCUUCCAUCUUGAUCAGCGUUCAGUUGACCAUAGUAGUCACACUGUUGAUCCUCGAGCCCCCAACGCCAGUCCUCUCCUACCCCAGUAUCAAUGAGGUUUUCCUAAUCUGCAACACAAGCAACCUGGGCGUUGUAGCCCCUCUGGGGUACAAUGGGCUUCUCAUUAUGAGUUGCACCUACUAUGCCUUCAAGACAAGGAACGUUCCCGCAAAUUUCAAUGAAGCCAAAUACAUAGCCUUCACCAUGUACACUACAUGCAUCAUAUGGCUUGCCUUUGUCCCCAUCUACUUUGGCAGCAACUACAAGAUUAUUACCACCAGUUUUUCGGUCAGCUUAAGUGUGACGGUAGCUCUGGGCUGCAUGUUCACUCCAAAGAUCUACAUCAUCAUCGCCAAGCCAGAACGCAAUGUCCGUAGCGCCUUCACCACCUCUGAUGUUGUGCGCAUGCAUGUCGGCGAUGGGAAAGCUGCCUGCAGAUCCAACAGCUUGCUUGAUAUGUUUAGGAGGAAGAAAACCGUGUCUGGCAAUGCAAGGUAA